CCAAAAUCAGUUUAAGACAACAUUCAAGAUGAAGAUUACCAUUGCAAUUCUUGCCAUUUUUGUAGCCGUUUUAUGCAACGUUCAAACUUCGGCUGCUGUAUGUGAUGUCCAAGCGAUUUAUAAUCGGACUCUCGAAUUUUGUAAUAACAACUACUUUUUCAAUAUUUUCUUGUGCUCCAGCGUAUCUUUCGGUAUUAGCAAUGCAAACUUUGUAAAAUUGCUGCAACAGCAAGAGAAAAUCUUCUGUGCGAUUCCAUUCUUUGGAGAAAUAUGCGAACUUUGCAAUUUUGCUCUACUCAUUUCCGAUAAUUCGAAUUCAACCAUUUCAGCGGGCAACAAUUCAACCGCUGGUGCUCAGCGAAGUUUGAUUUUCCAGAACUAAUAUGGUCUUCAAGGCACUUUUUGAUGACACAAAGUAGCCGAACAUCAAACCAACCGGACCAGAAUAAUGAAUUUAGAUUAUUGCACUAAAAAGCUGUUUGAGUUUAUACUUUUGCAUGCCAGCCUUUAAAUAUAUAACCGAGCAUUGAAAAAUA